UCUCGACCAGUGUUGCAAACGAAUUGCAUUGAUUUUGUUUCAAAAAUGUCUGUCCACUCGCCCAAUCCUUCCCUGAUCCUGCAGAGCAAGCGCCUUAAUGGACUGCGGAAUAUCCUAGAGCGCGAGGGUCCUUUUUGCAAGGACGACUUCGCAGCCUCGCCGGAGAACUUGGAGUUCCUGCAGACCGAGUGCCAAGUUCUAAUUAUUGGAGCCGGCGGUCUGGGCUGCGAGCUGCUUAAGGAUCUGGCUUUGAUGGGCUUCGGCAACCUGCAUGUCAUCGACAUGGACACCAUCGAGCUUUCCAACCUGAACCGCCAAUUUUUGUUCCGCCGCACGGACAUUGGCGCCUCGAAGGCCGAGUGCGCGGCUCGCUUUAUCAAUGGACGAAUGCCAACCUGCCGGGUGACACCUCACUUCAAAAAGAUCCAGGACUUCGAUGAGUCCUUCUACAAGCAGUUCCGCCUGAUCGUCUGUGGACUGGACUCAAUAGUGGCCCGGCGCUGGAUCAACGGCAUGUUGCUCUCCAUGCUGCGCUACGAGGAAGACGGCACAUUAGAUACCAGCUCCAUAGUACCCAUGAUUGAUGGUGGCACUGAGGGCUUCAAGGGCAAUGCCCGUGUCAUCCUGCCUGGAUUGUCAGCUUGCAUCGAAUGCACCCUAGACCUGUUCCCGCCGCAGGUAAACUAUCCCCUGUGCACCAUAGCAAAUACUCCCAGGCUGCCGGAGCACUGCAUCGAGUACGUGAAGAUCAUACAAUGGGAGAAACAGAGUCCGUUUGGUGUUCCCCUGGAUGGCGACGAUCCACAGCACAUUGGCUGGGUCUACGAAAGGGCUCUCGAGCGGGCCAACGAGUUCAACAUUACCGGAGUGACCUAUCGUUUGGUGCAGGGCGUGGUUAAGCACAUAAUUCCCGCAGUGGCCAGUACGAAUGCAGCCAUAGCCGCCGCCUGCGCCAUGGAGAUCUUCAAGUUAGCUACGAGCUGCUAUGAUAGCAUGGCCAACUAUCUGAACUUCAACGACCUGGAUGGCAUAUAUACUUACACCUACGAGGCUGAAAAGUCGGAGAAUUGCUUGGCUUGCAGCAACAUACCUCAGGCCCUGGCCAUUGAGGAUCCCAACACUACCACGCUGGAGGACCUAAUAAAGGUGCUGUGCGACUCUCCGCGCUUCCAGCUUAAAAGUCCUGCUCUUACCACUGUGAUGAACGAUGGCAAGCGGCGGACUCUGUACAUGUCGACGGUAAAGAGCAUUGAGCAGGCCACUCGCAAGAACCUGACGCAGUCGUUGGGCGAAUUAGGCCUACAGGAUGGCCAGCAGCUGACGAUCACUGAUAUCACCUCGCCCUCCGCCCUGACCUUGCAGUUAAAAUACCAGUCCAAUGAAGUUGAGAUGGUCUGAGUCGUAUCACAGUAUAUAACAAUUUGUAUGUUUGGGCAAAUAAAACGGCAGGCUGAGCCUAAAUUUAAGCAUCUAAA